AUGAAGGCAAGGAACGUACAAAAUGAGAUUAUAAGGAAGAUAAUUGAAAGAAGGAAGGAUAACAGAUAUCAUGGUGAAGGGUUGUUGGGAGUUCUGUUGAGAGGCAGAGGUGAUGAUGAUGAAAGGAGAUACCAACUCAGUGAUUCUCAAGUUGCUGAUAAUCUCAUUGGUGUUAUAUUUGCUGCACAUGACACUACAGCUAGUGUUCUAACAUGGAUUCUAAAGUACUUGCAUGACAAUCUCAAUCUCUUGGAAUCUCUCACUAAAGAACAACAACAAAUACAAAACAAACUAGCUAAGGAAAGUCGUGGACUUUCAUGGGAGGAUACCAGGCAGAUGCCCUUCACUAGCAGGGUAAUUCAAGAGACAUUAAGAAGUGCAAGCAUACUAUCAUUCACAUUUAGAGAAGCAGUGAGAGAUGUUGAGUUAGAAGGUUAUUCCAUUCCAAAAGGUUGGAAAGUUCUUCCACUCUUUAGAACCAUUCAUCAUUCACCUCAUUUCUUCCCUCAACCACACAAGUUCGACCCUUCAAGAUUUGAGGUUCCACCUAGACCAAACACAUAUAUGCCAUUUGGAAAUGGAGUUCAUUCUUGUCCUGGUAGUGAGUUGGCUAAGCUUGAGAUUCUUGUUCUCCUUCAUCAUCUCACUCUUUCAUACAGGUGGCAAGUUGUGGGAAAUGGAGAUGGAAUUCAAUAUGGUCCUUUUCCAGUGCCAAAACAUGGAUUACCAAUAAAUAUAACUCUCAAGAAGAAUUAGAUAUUUACUUUACAUUAACUUGGGAAUUUCAAAUUCGUCAAUAAUUUUUAUUUUUUAUAUUUCUUUUGUUGUUGUAGAUAUUCUUUUCCCAUUUAUAGGUCUUAUUAUGAGACGAUUCUAGCUCUUAUUGGUUACACCAUGCAUGGCCCAUAUAUGUUUACACAUUAUGUCAAUGCAUAAAAAUUGUAUAAAUACAUUUAUAAAUAUGUGAAUAUCAUUUUAAAAAAAUA